AUGGAAUAUAACCUUUUGACAGGCAUCAGCCCUACUUUAGUGGGAAAGCUUUCAAACUUGAAAAUACUGGAGUUAAGAGGAAACCAUCUGAUAGGGGAAAUCCCCUCUACCAUCGGCAACAUAACUCAACUCUUGCUUCUUGGUUUGAGUAAUAACAGCUUAGAAGGAAACAUACCUUCCAGUUUGAAGAAUUGGUCGAUUAUCACAACAGUGGGGGAGAUUGAUGUGGAUGUGGCUCAUAGGGUUAAGGCGGGAUGGUGCCUGACGUUUUCUCUGCUUUCACUUUUCCGGACAACAAAAAUGAAGCAUAAAUCUCUAGCAACAUCUUCGUUUGAACUCUUCUAUCCAAAAAUCUCUUACAAAGAGCUCCUCAAAGAAACUAGUGGAUUCUCUAUAGAGAAUUUGAUUGGAUCUGGUAAUUACGGAAAAGUGUAUAAAGGAAUGCUCAGUCCUAAUGAAACAAUUGUGGCGAUUAAGGUACUCAAUCUUCAUCAGCGAGGAGCAGCCAAAAGCUUCAUGGCUGAAUGCAAAGUUUUGAGAAAUGCUAGACACCGUAACCUUGUCAAGGUUUUGAUUGCUUGCUCCAGUACUGAUUAUGAUGGCAAUGAAUUCAAAGCUCUAGUAUUUGAGUUCAUGCCAAAUGGGACUUUGGAAAGCUGGUUGCAUCCAAGAGAUGAUCAAACACAGUUGAGAAAAUUAAACUUUCUCCAAAGAUUAAACAUUGCAAUAGAUGUCGCUGUUGCAAUGCAUUAUCUUCAUAAUAAAUGUCGAACACCUAUUGUUCACUGUGAUCUAAAGCUAAGCAAUGUUCUCCUUGACAAUGACCUUACUGCUCAUGCAAGUGAUUUUGGUUUGGCAAGGCUUUUUUCAAUAUCAAGGAGAGAUAUUACUUCUGGGCAGUUCAGUUCAAUUGGUGUUAAAGGUACAACUGGUUAUGCAGCUGUGGAGUAUGGUUUGGGCGAAGAGGUGUCAACUCGUGGAGACACGUAUAGCUUUCGGAUCCUCUUGUUCAAAAUGUUAACUGGUAGAAGGCCUACUAAUGAGCUAUUCAAAGAUGAUUUGAACCUUCACAACUUCGCUAAAAUGGCAUUGCCUAGGCGAGUAACGGGGAUAGUAGACGAAUUCCUUUCAAGCGAGGAAAUAAAAGGAGUUUAA